CUGCGUUUUCUUUUCUUUUCUUCUAUUCCUGGUUUCAUACAUUAACGAAACGAGAUGUGUCUUAACGAAAUACGAAAUUGCCCGGGUUGCAGUGGAACCCGGAUCUGGGAUGGGAUGGGGCGCGUUGGGUUGUUUGGAAAGGGCUUUCACUUUGAUUUCUUUGCUUUUACACCAUUUAAGCUCCCUGCAUCUCGACAAGGACAGGAUCACGGUACAAGAGUUGCUCUGGUGUUGGAAACUGCAUCCAGUCCUGACUUCACCGAGCACAUCCGAUGAGGGUUUUUAUCUGGAAGCCGCCCAAUGUACUUUGCGAGGGCGGCAGAUAUACAGGUGCAUGCAUCACACGAAAGGAAUAUCGGUUCUUUCGUUCGUUUUUGUUUUUAUGGCUGGUCAUCAUCUUUUCCAAGGAUUAGGGGCGUUUGAGGAAAUACCACACUCGUUUGAACUGGGCGUGUUGGAGGACAAGAUAUGAGAAGAAGAUAGACCUGAAGCAGGAGCUACAGACCGGGCGAGAUCCUUGGUUAACGGCCUACAUCUAGCUUGAAAUAAAUACUCGCCUGAAUUGUCAUGAAGACAUUAAACUACACUUAUGUUCUAAUUCGUAUUUGUGAGAUGCCGC